AAGCAUUAGGGAUAGAAGUGAACCCACAUAAUGACAAAAGUAAGGAGGAGGUGCUAGAAGAAAUACGUAAAGAUACAACCUUCUUGAGCUUGAACCAAAGCUCAAUGUCUUUUGAAAUCCAGAGUGACACGAAAAUUUCCUUAGGUGGUGCUAUACCUGCAGUAAAUAAAUUCUUUCGCGCUGACUGAGAAAAGGUUGUGAUAUAAACAGUGCAUUAGGUGCGCAGGAACUCCACCUCAUUGUUCAUUUCUUUAGUGGCAGGCUUCUGUAAAACUGAUUCAGCAAUGGAGUACGAGAUGAACCAUAGGAGGCGAGGCUUGGCACUAAUCUUCAACCAGGAAAACUUUCAAUAUUCACGGCAGCGCCGUGGCACAAAUAAAGACAGAGACAACCUCACAGAAAGAUUUCAAGCCUUAGGGUUUGAAGUGAACUCUCACAAUGACAAACCUAAGGCAGAGGUGCUAAAAGAAUUACAUAAAGCUGCAGAUGCCAACCACGCAGAUGCCGACUGCUUUGUCUGCAUUUUCAUGACUCAUGGGGAAGAAAGGCAAAUUGAAGCCUAUGAUGAUAAGAUUAAGAUUAAGGAAAUAACAGAUCUCUUCAGAGGAGAUCAGUGCAAGAGCCUUGUAGGGAAGCCCAAGAUCUUCAUCUUCCAGGCAUGUGCUGGUAAAAAAUAUGAAGCUGCUGUGACCGGCAUGAUGGCAGGGGACAGUGAUGAUGAGGAAGAGGAGGAGGAAGCAGCUAACAUCUACACCAUCCCAGCAGGGGCAGAUUUCCUCAUGUGUUACUCUGUAGCAGAGGGAUUCUAUUCAUUUCGUGAUGUAAAUGCUGGAUCAUUCUACAUUCAGGAUUUAUGUGAAACACUGCAACAGCAUGGCUCAACUAUGGAGUUCACCGAGCUCCUGACUCUGGUCAAUCUGAAGGUUUCUCGACGUACCGCAGACGUGGGCAAUGUUAGGAAUAAAAAACAGAUGCCCUGCUUCACCUCCAUGCUGACUAAAAAAGUCUAUUUUAGGUGCAACAAAUAGUAAAGCACCCGCUCCCAGUGCAUUACUAUUUACCAUUACUCACUUAAUGAUCAAUAAACAUUUUUGGUGUUAUUACUGUUUUUUUUCCCCUAACAUUUUACAAGGAUUGUAUCAACAUAAUAUAUCUAUGAGAUGAUACCUAACAGAAUUACAAGACUCAGUCACUAAAUCAGUUAGAGCUGCUUAAUCAGAUUUGAGAAUUCAACUGCGCUGACCAGUGUGGUGGUAUAAAAUGCUAAUAAUGCACAGUGAUUAGAUAGACAUUUUCCUUAGUUAUAUUACAUUUGACUUCUGCAAACCUGUAAAUUUAAACAUUCAUUAUGUUAUGAUCAUAGACAAUUAAAGUAAAUCAUUAAUGAAUGUUGUUCAAUAGGUUAAGGAUUACAGCUUUCAUGUGUCAUAUGUUUGUGUUGCAAAGCUGGCUUUCAUUUUCACUUUGUGAUAGGGCAAAUGUUUUUCUAGGGAAUUUUUUCCCAGCCUCAGAUUAACAUUGACAUGCCUUUCUGGUGAAAUUCCCUUUAAGAGGUUGUCAUUUUCCUGAUUUCACUACUGUCUGAUAAGAUAUGAUAUACAGACUGACACUUCAGCCUUUUUUUCCAUAAUUUAUCAUUUGCUGAAUAUCCAUAAUUUAUAAUAUAUUCAUUAUUUUGGUAUUUAUAUCCAUUCAUCACUGAAAUUAAAAUUACAAGCAGUUUAUAAACUCUAAUAAUCUUCAUAAAGCUCUAAUAAUGUGCUGUAAGUAAUUACUUGAUAAUUUAUAAUAACAUGUCAUGCAAGUAGUACUACUAAUGCUAUGUGUGGUAGCGCACAAUCUGUAUAAAUAAUAAUGCCCUGUGAAUAAUUCAUUUUUUUUCUAUAGCACUUUUAACAAUGGACACUGUCACAAAGCAGCUUUACAGAUAUAUAUACUCUCUAUAUAUGUAUAUAUAUAUAUUUACCAAAACACUCUAUGCCCAUGACCCCUCCAGAUCUGAACCUUUAGCUAAGAAAAAAUCUAUUAACAAAAGGCUUGCCUAAACAGACAUGUUUUCAGCCUAGACUUUCAGACCAUGAGACUCAAACACCUGUCUGAGUCCCAAACAUUAAUUGGAAGGCUGUUCCUUUCUGCCCCCUGCUGCAGACUUCAUUAAAAUAUUCCUGUACCUUUUGAUCAAAGUAGGUGUGGCUGAUCACAAAAGGCCAGAAGUUCGCUCAGGUACUGCUUUGCAUGACCAUUCAGUGCAGUUAUAGCACUUUAUUAGAGCUUUAUGAAGCAUGAUUAAAGUUUAUAAAAUGCUUAAAAUUAUAAGCACACAUAAUAAUUUAUGAACAUAAGUUUCAUAGAAGGUGUUAUGACUUACUCUAUAAGGUACCAUAACUAUGUGGUUUGAAUUAUUUUUUUGUAAGUUUUUUUAUGUUACAGUUUUUAAGUAGUGAUGCAUAGUUUUGCUUGACUGAGAUCACUGUUAGUACCACUGAAUUUAUUGCAUUGUGUUAAAGUUUCCUAUUUAAAUAUCAA